UUCCUUUUAUUGUUUGCCGUUGUAUGUGGGCUUACAAAAGCAGAAAGUCCUGAAUAACUGACAGCUCUGUCACCGCUAACACAGACAAACAACGGUUUACAUCGGGGUACGUUGUUACCCCUGGACAUUGUAAUGCCGUCGGCCUGGAGAGCUAUAAUAAAAGAUACAACAGACGAGGAGCCCUCCUCUCCCCUCCAAGAUAAUGUUGGGCUGACCGGUACAGCUGGCCUGAUUCGGACAAAGGCAAUGACCAGACACAUUAAACCAGUAUACAAUUCAGAUAGCGAUUCUUCGGAUGUGUGUGGGCUCCGUGAGAACAUGCAGGGAACCUGGAUCGGUCUUUCUGCCGACAAUAGUGAUACAGACGAUCGAGUGGUUGUUGAUGGGGACAACAUUGAGGUGACAAUCCAAGGGUUCACCAGCGAGUUCACUUGUGUCGAUAAAGGGCUCUUUUACGGAGAGUUUCUUUGGAAGAGCAAGGAUGUUGACGAUAGUUAUGUGUGUGUGCUGAAGACUGACGUUGGCGAGAGUGAUGUGACGAGGAAGCUCGCAACAUCAACUGGGACUUUUGAGCCGAUUCCCAUCCCGGAAAAGACGGAUCUCGAAUAUACAAGCUUAUGUACAAAUACUAUUGCUGAGGAUGUGCUAAAUCUAAGACGGCAGUGGUCCAAAUGACGAAUGUACAGAUAAUUUAACACGUGUCUUUGUCGAAAAACAGAUAUCAGAAAAAUAUAAAUGUUAGCGUCUUCGGAAACUAAUUUAUUUAUUUGAUUGUCAAAGGGUUUACAAGACGUAUUCGAUCUAUAAACUUAAUAUUCCAAAAUAAAAACUUAAGACAACAAGUUCAA